AUGGAGCUCAGUCGCAUUAUUUACUAUAUACUUAGAGUCCUACAAGUCGCCUCGGGAACCAUCGUUGCUGGCAUUACGGGCUUCUUCCUUUACCAGUCGAACGCCAGCACAUGGGAUCUUGGUCGUUUCAUUUACAUUGAGGCGGCUGCCAGUUUGUCCUUGCUGAUGGCAAUUCUCUUCUUACUGCCCUACACCGACGCCUUUAUCCAAAUACCUUUCGAUAUCAUCGUCAGCUUGUUAUGGUGGGUCACAUUUGGCUUGCUAUUCAAUUUCUUGGGAUUCCCCUGUGAAUGGGUUUUUGAAUGGAUGGACGUGUCACCAUUCGAUCAGCAGUGCGGAAAGCUCAAGGCUGACGUCGCCUUUUCAUUCACGGCCGCGAUAGUUUGGAUGGCAUCGGCCAUUGUCAAUAUCCUAAUCCUACGCCGCGAAGGCCGCCAGGAGGACACGGAUGUGACGAACCAUUAUCGACAGCGAGAGAUGCGUCGCAAUCCCAGCGUGGUGUAA